CUUGACAAUGUUCUGUCCUGCACUGAACAAGCUGUCCGCUUUGUGCAGAAAAGUCAUCUCUCUGUCCAGUGGCUGAAGUAUAUUCUUCUUAUUUGUCUUCCAGGCACAGGAGAGAGUGGCAAAAGCACGUUCAUCAAACAGAUGAGAAUCAUCCAUGGAUCAGGUUACUCUGAUGAAGAUAAAAGGGGCUUUACAAAAUUGGUGUACCAGAAUAUAUUUACAGCAAUGCAGGCCAUGAUCAGAGCCAUGGAUACCCUCAAAAUACCAUACAAAUAUGAACAUAAUAAGGUUCAUGCACAGUUAGUUCGAGAAGUUGAUGUAGAAAAGGUGUCAACUUUUGGGAACCCCUAUGUAGAUGCAAUAAGAAGUUUAUGGAAUGACCCUGGAAUCCAGGAAUGUUAUGACAGACGACGGGAAUAUCAGUUAUCAGAUUCAACUAAGUAUUAUCUUAACGAUUUGGACCGCAUAGCAGAUUCAACCUACCUGCCAACUCAGCAAGAUGUGCUUAGAGUUCGAGUCCCAACAACAGGGAUCAUUGAAUAUCCAUUCGACUUACAAAGCGUCAUUUUCAGAAUGGUGGAUGUAGGAGGCCAACGAUCAGAAAGAAGAAAAUGGAUACAUUGCUUUGAAAAUGUCACAUCUAUCAUGUUCCUAGUAGCCCUUAGUGAAUAUGAUCAAGUGCUUGUGGAGUCAGACAAUGAGAGCCUCCUUUUCUCCAGGCUGAACAAGCCCAGCUCCCUUCUCUGGGAUUAA